GUGCAGCGUGGAGCUUACGUGACAAGAAGACGAACACAUCUUCUGUUUUGUAUUCAAAGUGGCAAACGCUGGAGAUAUUGUCACGCAAACUGCAAAACACAUCUUGACUUUUGUUGCCUUUAUCUCAUCAACUGUCUAGAUAAGAGCUUAGAAGUAUCCUGGGGGAUAAGAGCUUAGAAGUAUCCUGAGGAAUUACGUGCACAAACUGCAACUUUUAUCGCCGAUUUUUGGACUGACUGACACGCCCCAAAAGUGAGAAUUCAAAAGGCUAGAGCUAUAAACGCUCUUAUGAUUUUAUGAGAAGGGUUUGGACGGAUUUCAGAAAUUCAGUAAGGCACGAGCUGUGCUCACAGAGACGGUUAGGAAUGUAACGAUAACAUCUCACCUGCGCCUCAAAACACCAAAUACACGGAGCAGCAACAGACCGACUAAAACACAAGACCAGCGAAUCAAGUGCCAGAACCAACAUGUAAGAACACCUGAGUGACUGAUGCUGUUGAAUAUGUGAAGGAGAGGAGACAUAAGACAAAUCUGAUCUUGCACAGAGUAUUGCCUGCGAAUGGGUCUAACUAUGAGAGUAAUGGAAACGAGACUCCUCCUGUUGCUGUUGGCUUUGUUUGUGUUUGAAGUGGCCUGCACACAUCGCUCCGCUCCCAGAGUACACCUGGCUUUUAAAGAACUUAUGGACACUCGAACAGCAAGGCCAUUCAGUUUUUCCUUCAACACCAGUGAUUACCGGAUCUUGCACAUUGACCCAGACCAGGGGCGGUUGUACCUGGGCAGCCGUGAAUAUCUGGUCUCUCUGGACAUGCAAAACAUCAACAAAGAGCCUCUCAUUAUCCACUGGCCGGCUCCAGCUCAGAGAAAGGGAGAGUGUCAGAUGACUGGGAAAGGCAGGCAUGGAGAGUGUGCUAACUUUGUGCGUCUGAUUGAGCCGUGGAACAGGACUCACCUGUACACCUGUGGCACAGGAGCUUAUAAACCCAUCUGCACCUUCAUCAACAGAGGAUGGAGAGCUGAGGACUAUCUCUUCAGACUGGUUCCUGGAUAUGUGGACUCUGGAAAGGGAAAAUGCUCUUAUGAUCCAAACCAGGAGAAUGUUGCAGCCCUGAUUAAUGGAAACCUGUACGCUGGAGUGCCGGUGGACUUCAUGAGCACUGAUCCAGGCAUCUUCAGGACCAUGGGCAGCCGGCCAGCUGUGAGAUCAGAGCAGUAUGACUCUAGGUGGCUGAAUGAACCUGUAUUUGUUCACAUGAAACAGAUUCCUGACAGUGCCGAGAGGAACGACGACAAACUCUAUUUCUUCUUCCGUGAGAAGAGUCUGGACUCAGGGGCAGGAGCGAGUCCAAGUGUGCUGGCCAGAGUGGGCCGCGUGUGCCUGAAUGAUGAGGGCGGACAGAAGUCACUUGUGAACAAAUGGACGACUUUUCUGAAGGCCAGGCUGGUGUGCUCUGUGAUGGGCGAUGAUGGGGUGGAAACCUUCUUUGAUGAACUGAGGGACGUGUUUAUCCAACCCAACCAGGAUGAACGAAGCCCUGUGGUGUAUGGCGUCUUCUCAACUUCUGGUUCUGUGUUUAAAGGCUCAGCCGUGUGUGUCUACUCAAUGGCUGACAUCCGAAAUGUCUUUAAUGGCCCUUUCGCACAUAAACACGGACACAACUACCAAUGGACUACAUACACAGGGAAGAUUCCCUAUCCUCGUCCGGGAACAUGUCCGGGAGGCACAUUCACACCAGGUCUCAAGUCCACAAAAGAGUUCUCAGAUGAAGCGGUUAACUUCAUUCGCGCUCAUCCGCUCAUGUACCACCCCGUGUAUCCCAUUCACAAGCGCCCUCUGGUGGUGCGCUCUGGUGUAGACUAUCGCUUUACUACAAUUGCUGUGGAUCAGGUGGAUGCUGUGGAUGGCCGAUACGAGGUUCUCUUCCUGGGAACAGAUCUUGGUACAGUCCAAAAAGUUAUAGUUUUGCCCAAGGAUCCCACCACAAUGGAAGAGCUCACUUUAGAGGAAGUGGAAGUUUUCAGGACACCUGCUCCUGUCAAAACAAUGUACAUAUCAGCCAAAAGGCAACAACUGUAUGCAUCUUCAGAAGCAGGUCUUACCCAAAUGUCCUUGCACCGUUGUGGAGUAUAUGGAAAGGCCUGUUCAGACUGCUGCCUGGCCAGAGACCCCUACUGCGCCUGGGAUGGAGAAAACUGCUCUGCCUUUACACAAGCCACCAAAAGGAGGAGCAGAAGGCAGGAUGUUAAACAUGGUGACCCGUUGCGUCAGUGCCGGGGCUACAACGCUAAAGUGGAGAGGAGACUGCAGGAGAAAGUUCAGUUCGGCGUGGAGGGUAGCAGCACAUUUCUGGAGUGUGUGCCGCGCUCUCCUCAGGCCACUAUCAAAUGGCUUUACCAGAGAGAGGGAAGACGAAAAGUGCUGAAUCGAGAGGGAGAGGUUCUUAAGACUCCUCAGGGGGUUCUUCUGAAAACACUCACCAAAGCAGACGCAGGUCUCUACCAUUGCCUGGCCACAGAAAAUAACUUCAAACACACGCUGGCUCGUGUUUCCUUGCGCAUCCUGGACCGGGACAUCGCUGUAGCCCUCACCACCCCUGAUGAGGAGGAAGAGGCAUCGAGGAGCCGUCACCAGGACCCUGCAGCUCCUACCCCAGCGCUCCUGCUGGAGCCAGAAAUGCGUCUGAUUCAGCAGUACUGCCAGUCCUACUGGGAGCAGCUGACUGCCGGGGGAAACUCACAGGCUGACCUCCCCAAACGUGCAAAUCGCAGACACACAGAAGCACUGAAGGCUAGUGGGGAGUGAGGAGCACAAGAAAAGAGAGUUACCUGUCUGUCACCUUGCUCCGAGCAGUUCGUGUGCUUGCAUAGGUUAGUACUUGUGCAGUGGCACCAAAAAUUAUUUGGACAAUUUUGGACCAUAUGGACAUUUUUACACUGUUCAAGAUGCACUUAAAAUGAGACCUAAAAUGAAAAUGUAUUCAUUUAAAUGUACUUGCAUCGGAUAAUUCAUGAACAGUGGCCCAAAAACUUAUUUGGAUACUUUUAGACAAUUAAAAAUGAUUUAAUUAUUACAUUAUUCAAAAUGUAAAAAUGUUGGACACUUAA